ACGGAGCAGCAGCAGCACCCGCACGUGCACGCGCAAGCACGGACACAACAACACCACCGCACAAUCCCAGACGUCUGUUUUUGUUACUGUUUCUGACUAAAGUCCUUAUUCCAAGAGAGAGAGAGGGAAAAGAGAGGGCGAGCGGCGACCGGAGACUCUGCAGCCGCGAGGCGUUGAGGAAACGACAAAGCGAGUCAUCAUGUGAGAGAACUUGUGUGUGAAACGGACAAAAGGGCUGGAAUACGAGCAGAAUAGAAAGUAAAAGGGACGCCCUCCUCGCGCUCCGCCAACCUGCCAAUCAUCUCGUCGACCUCGCAUCUUUGUGACUGAUAGUGAUGUGUCCUUAUGCCGCUCGUGGAUAAAUGAUCACUAAUCAACCCCAGAAGAUGAAGGACAACUCUGGUGUGAGCGGAAUGUCCGUGGAUGAGAAGCCUGAAGCCCCCAUGUAUGUGUAUGAGUCGACAGUUCAUUGUACCAAUAUCCUCAUCUGCCUCAACGACCAGCGGAAGCAGGAUAUCCUGUGCGAUGUGACCGUCCUGGUGGAGGGGAAGGAGUUCCGAGGGCAUCGGGCCGUGCUGGCCGCCUGCAGCGAGUAUUUCCUCCAGGCGCUGGUGGGCCAAGCGGAGAAUGGUUUGGUUGUCAGCCUUCCUGAAGAGGUCACUGCCAGGGGAUUCGCCCCAUUGUUGCAGUUUGCCUACACUGCGAAGCUGUUACUCAGCAGAGAAAACAUCCAGGAGGUCAUCCGCUGUGCCGAAUUCCUGCGGAUGCACAACCUCGAGGAUUCGUGCUUUCGCUUCCUGGAAGCUCAGCUACGAAGAGAGGAGGACAGCUUAUUGCUUUGCCACAAGGAGGCGGCAGAGGCAAAUAACUCAGAGGAUGAGAGCAUGCAACCCGAGGCAGAACGGCCCAGCUCCCCCAGGGCAAGAAAUUGUGCAGAGGCCCUCACCUCCUUCCGACACCCUGACGAUGACAGGCUGGAAAUAACCAUGCCUGGUAAUUUCACAGAUGGCCGGCUGGACUUUGAUCGACAUGGAGCAUCAGACCUGCCACGAUGCCCUAAGUACAGGAAAUACCAGUGGGCUUGCAACAAGCACAAUAAUGACACCUCCUCACACACCAGUACCUCAGGUUUUCCAAGCACAUUAAAGGAGAGCAGUGUUAGUGGGGCAGCUCCAGCUCAGGACAGACUGCCUGUAGCACAGAUAAAAGUUGAACCACAAGCGGACGAAGAGGCCAUUUCAUUGUGCCUGUCAGGGGAUGAGCAAGACGUCAGGGAUAUGGACAGUGUGACAGCCAUGGAAAUGGAUAACCCUGUAUCUCUGGAAAGAACCAAGAGAACGAAAUCCCCGUCCUGCCUCCGAGCCUUCUUCAAGAAAGGGGUGGACCUCCCCAGUCUGUCCAACACAUCACAGCAGCUAUUCACCAACAGACUCGUCUGCCCCCAGGACAAAGGAAACUCUCAGGGAGAUCAUAACAAAGACUUAAAGCCUUUUACGGGGGAGCUGGAUCUGUCUGUUACAUCCCCAAAAGAGGUAGAUGGUUUCCCUGCAGGGUUGUCCCUCAAGUCUUCUUCCUGCGAUGUGAUGUGCAAACAGGAAGUUGAGCUAGACCGCCGUAGUGUCAUAUUUUCCUCAGGAGCCUGCAAUCGUCUGGGAACACCAGCGCAUUCCUACCCUUGUGGGAACUCUUUGGAAAUGGAGCUCUCUGAGCAUAUGACAAAGGGCCUGUGGGCUGGAGCGAGCCAGUCCCUGCCCAACUCCCAGAACUAUUCCCCCAGCACCACUUCCUCUGAGCCCCCAGUCCUGUGCCGUCCACGGCCCAACACCAGCUGCCCAGUGCCAAUCAAAGUGUGCCCCCGCUCACCACCUUGCGAGACGCGCACCAGGACCUCCAGCUCCUGCUCCUCUUACUCUUAUGCGGAGGACGGAAGCGGAGGUUCCCCUUGUAGCCUCCCCCAGUUCGAGUUCUCCUCCUCGCCGUGCUCCACCGUGGCACGCUGCCUCAAUGUGGACCAGCAGGAGCCGAGCGUAGGAGGGGACGCCCUUUUCAGCCAGGUGCGACCCAAGAUCAAGUGUGAGCAGUCCUAUGGCACCAACUCCAGUGACGAAUCAGGCUCCUUUUCUGAGGGGGACAGCGAGUCCUGCAACGUGCAGGAGCGGGGGCCAGAGGUGAAGCUUCCUUUCCCUGUAGAUCAAAUCACAAAUCUUCCAAGGAAUGACUUCCAAAUGUUGGUAAAAAUGCACAAACUGACUUCAGAGCAGCUUGAAUUCAUCCAUGAUGUGAGACGGAGGAGUAAGAACCGCAUCGCAGCGCAGCGCUGCCGCAAGAGGAAGCUGGACUGCAUCCUCAACCUGGAGUGUGAGAUCAGAAAAUUGGUGUGUGAGAAAGAGAAGCUGCUGACGGAGAGGAACCAGCUGAAGGCGUGCAUGGGGGAGCUGUGGGAGAACUUCUCCUGCCUGUCGCAGGAGGUGUGCAGGGACGUGCAGCUGAGCCCCGAGCAGGUCCAGUCCCUCCACCACUACUGCCCCGUGCUGCGGCCGGCCAACUCCAGCGCCAACGCCGGCCACGAGCCCAAGCCCGCCCCGGGCCCGGGCGGGCCCGCCGCCACCAGCAUCGACCUCACCACCCACUCCGGCUCAGCCACGCCGGAGCCGGGCUACCACGGGCCCUCGGGCCCCCCCGACGACCAGCCCGACCAGGCGGUCCGGAACGGAGCGGAUCCAAGCACGGACGGCCAAGACACCAGCUUGUACCCCACGUUUGUGGAGAACUCCAACCAGACGGUAACGGUGGAUUUUUGCCAGGAAAUGACUGACAAAUGUACAACCGACGAGCAGCCGAGGAAGGACUGCGCCAAGUAGUCCUGGUUGUUUUUUUUUGUUUGUCGUUGGUGUUUUUUUUUCAUUG